CGGAGACCGGAACUCCUGUGUCGCGAAUGUCUGUUUCCGGAGGGAGUUUGAGUGCGGAUGCCUAGGAUUGUUACACUGAGAAAGCCGACUUCCGGUGUGGCGUUCUUUCGCAGUGUUUGGACGGCUGUGCUCUGGAGCAAUGCGGCAGAAAUAUUAUAUUGAAGCGGCUGCUCGGGGCCUGGUUGGAAGCUGCCCGGGCCAGGCCCGCUACCUCCUAUGGGCCUACAGUUCGACACACGAGGAUAACAGCACUUUUCAGGAAACAUGCCCACACUGCUUCCAGUUGUUGGUUCUGGAUAACUCUAGAGUACGCCUCAAACCCAAAGCCAAACUGACACCGAGAAUACAGAAACUUCUUAAUCGAGAAGCAAGAAAUGAUACACUCAGUUUUAAAGAAGCAAAACUGUUGAGAAAGUAUGAAGACUCUGCAAGUGUGCUGCUGAUUACCUGUAGAACAUGCAACAGAACAGUGAGACACCAUGGUAAGAGUAGAGGCUUCCUAUCGGCACUGAAGAACAACACUGCCACUGCUGCAAACAAAGCCAGCCCAAAGACGCCAAAGAGAACAGCUCCAGGCUCUACAAACCUCGGUCAGAGUACGCAUGGUUCCAAAGGCAGGAGCCCCUCCUUGACCAUCAGAACACCUACAUCUGGACAAUCAACACCUAUUUGCUCCUCAAGGAAUGGGAGCAAAAGAAAGAAACACUUCUCUCAACUAAAAGCACUGCUUAAUGAGAGUGCAUCUGACAAGAACCCAAAGCUGGACUUCAGGCACUUCUUAUCUUCUCUGUGAAGAAAAUGACCUCUGAAUGAAAGAACUGUCUAGUGCAGCUUCUGAAACUGAAGCUAGUUAACACUUCUGUCCUCACUUUGAUGUCUGAGCACAUGGACACUAAGUCAAAAGCAAGCUCUUCCUGUCAUCCUUCAGUGCUUAAGGGAAAGGCCUCCCUGGUGAAUAUGAACAUCAAAAAGUAAAUGACCAAAGAUAAAGGUACUGCUGCUGCUGUGCCUUCAACCUGAAUUUUAUCUCCAGGACAAACACAGCAGAAAGAACCCCAGGCUACAGGUCAUUCUACAAGCUCCACAUGAGCGCCCUCCCCACAGAAGAUGAACAAACGUAAUAAAGGGUUUUAAAAACUAAAA